CCCAUCUCUUCUCUUCUCUUUCAACCCUUCCUCAUCCUUUAUUUUUAAACCGUAGCGCAGGUCGCCACAGCCCAUGAAGUUUCUAUAUAUCCUAUCCGCAUCCGUGCUUUUGCAUCAAGCCGCUGUGCGCGCUAGUUACCAAGCAACAGCCGGAAGUUGCCCCAAUACCUAUGAAGCUCAAGCAGGCGAUACAUGCCCCACCAUUGCUACUCGAUUUAAGACCACCACCAACUCUCUCGAAGCGUGGAAUCCCAAUUUCGAUUGCAAUAGUCUAGCAGCCAAUGACAUCCUCUGUAUUUCGGCACCUUACAACCUACCCUCCACCGCCGUUUCAACCACCGCCGCGUCAGCUACUACCAGCGCAGCCGCCAUUCCCACUGCCCACCCUCAUGGCAUGACGAUCACCUUGAACAGCGCAAAGGACUUUUGUCUAUUCUUACCUCCCAAAGCUGGCGGUGAUGUAGCCUCAAGUGAGAAGACAGCUCGUACUUUCUGUACAUCCAAGCAAAAGAACGCUCCUGGCGCCAAAUUGUUCCCUGAUGGAUUGAUUUUGUCCUCCCAUUUCGUCCACAACAAAACCGCCGACUAUGUUCAAAUCACAGGUCUCAUGAAUCCUACCGCUUACAAUAUGUCGCUGAAAGACGAAGGUGGCCAAUUCGAUGUCAAAAGUCCGCACGGAGCCGUGUGUGCUGGCUAUGCAGCCUUCUUAGCCAUUGUGGAACCCGCUCAAGGUGACUACUGUGUCCGAUGCUGUAAUACCAACACCAAGGAAUUAUGUACCACUGGAAGAUCGCAAGAUGGUUGCUGGAACCUUAUCAAGGGCAACUACGGCGGUCCCAAGGUCAAUUAUGGUCAGUCCUCAGCUCACUCCACGGCCAGCCACAAGAAGACUUCUAGCGUAAAGCACAGCCAAAAGAAGACCACUCACAAGACCACUCACCAUGCCGCUGCCACUCCCGCUCCUGGAUAUGUUAUGUAAAAGUAGCGGUAUAUUUUUUAAAAAAAGUGCUCUAGUAAAAGUCACGGUGAAUGCUUUCAGCAAUACUUAGGCUACUGUUUGCCUG